UUUCAGGGAGAGCGACUAUAUUGAAAAUGGCAGCUUCCGGGUUUACGUUGGAAGCUGUCAGAAAUUUUAUUGUACAACGGGGAAAUAAAGUCACAAAUCAUGAACUCGUCACACGAUUCAAAUCAGACUUAAAUGAUCCACAAUUCAAGGGUAAAAAUAGAGAAAAUUUCAAGGACUUUGUAAAUACUCUUGCAACUAUCAAGGUUGAUGAGCGAGGUGAAAAAGUUCUGGUGCUGAAAAAGAAAUUUAGAUCUGAUACUACAGAGCAAGGACAAAAGUUGAAUGACAGUCAAGACCCCAGAAAUGAUAUCAGAGCUAGCUCUGAGCCCCCAACCAACCCAGGGGGUUCAGAUCAAGUUGAUGGAGGCGGCAUGUCCAAAGUACGCAGCGAGACAAAUAUCACUUCAAGGGAGACAACCCCAGAUAUGUCAAUGACUGGGAGUGCCAGCAUGGGGACUAUUUCGAUGUCAUCAGCAGCAUCGUCUUCGGUAUCCCAGGGUUCCCAGCAGUCCAUUGCGUCCAGUGCAGACUUGGAAGACGAUGUGAAUGCCUCGGUCAUAAGUGUCAAGGACCGUGCCAAACAUUUGAAUCGCAUGGAGACAGAAUCUGAAUUACAGCGAGUCAGCCACCCUAAAAAGAAAGACAUACGAUCCCGUGAUCGUGAACGAGAUGUUGAUGACGACUCGCACUCCUAUGGGUCUGCCUACACCUCGUUGGAGCCGCAUGAGCGGGAGUGGUUGGUUGUUAGUGCCUCUGGAGACUAUCAUCCCAUGCACAAACUUCUCUCCAAGAAUCCUGACCUGGUCCGAGUACGAGAUUUUACCAAUACUGCAGUUCAUUGGGCAGCAAAACAUGGUAAAUCAGAGGUGGUGAAACUGGUGUUAAGUAAGGGCAGCACUGAUGUGAACAGGAGAACGACAGCUCAGAAUAAAAUUGAUAUUUCCAAUAAGUACCCUAGCAAAGGCACAUGGAACGAGAGAGCAAAAAGUAGUGUGUAG